GAAGGCCGACGUAUCGGUAAUCGGAUUCCCCUCUACGUAUACCCGGGACCUGGUAGGGCCGGUGAUCGAUGGGAACUGGCGGUGGUGUGCUGCGUGAACAAGCAAGCAUUCAGGCUAGGUCCGUAAGGCUGCUGGUGGUGAUCGGGCUAGUGGAGUUCGUGAUAACAACGUACGAGUCCGGCGCGCCUGGACGAGUAGUACCGGUGGCGACAGCAUGAGUGGGUCACGCUGCGGAGACGUGAUUUUCGUGAUCCUGUGGAUAGGAUGUGUGCUGGGUGUACUGACGGUGUCGGAAGCUCGCGCCGUACCACACCAUCGACAGCGUGGAGAAGGCGUUCGGCGGCUACACAACGUAACGCUCAGCGCCAGUAACAGUAACUUAACAGCCGGUUCGACCUCGGGAGAGCUAGUGCUGGAGGGAUGCCAGGUGAACCACUUCGGCCCGGAGUUGUUUCAAUUGCUAGGAACCCGUACCGGCAGCCUUAGUCUACACGGUGGUCACAUACCAAGGAUUACCUAUGCCUCGCCUACGUUGGAUACACUCGUGGUGGACGAGACGGGAUUGUACGAGUUCGAGGUGAACAGCUCCUAUCCGGUGGCCAGUCUGCGCAUUCUGCAAAUCAUACGGAACCCCCUGGACCAGCUUAGCCCCUCGUUGGCACGAUUGAGUGGAUUGCAUCGUUUGGAUCUCUCGCGGAACCAGCUCACCUUCGUCGAGCUCGGACUCUUCGCCGGCAUGAAUCGCCUUCGUGAUCUGGAUCUGUCGGUCAAUCGAAUCGUUUGGUUGGGCACCGUACCACCGGCCAACACUGUACGGUUGGCGAGCAUUCGCAACCUGUGGGUAAGCUACAAUCGGCUGCAAUGGUUCGACGACUUUCCGGUCGCCUUUCCGAGCCUGGAUACGGUGCGGUUGCUUGGCAACCAGUGGACCUGUGGUUGGGUCGAUCGUGCACGGCAGGCCAUUAUGCGUCACGGGAUCACGGUGUUUGGUGCUGAUUACGAUUGUCCGGGUGAACGGCAGGGUGGACUUUGCUGUUAUGAGGGUGAUGAGGACGUCAUCGAGGAUGCUGCAUCGUCGGUUGCGCCGGAGACGGCGCAAUCGCAUCAGACUAAUCGGAGCGAUGGAGUCGUUGGUGUGCGCUACGGAGAGGUGGAAGUAUUUCUGUGAUUCACCUCACGUACUCGAACGGUUUCUACGGGAAACCGAGGUCACUUUUGACAUCUGGAAUGUCAAUAAAGUUCGAAGAGAUUCUUAAAAGAGAUACUCUCCUGUAAUGCUGCGAAUACAAUGGAUUGUCCCAAGGUUUUCAUAAUAAAACAAUUCCACU